UUAUAAAACUUAAAACAUAAAUCCGGCAUUGAAUAAAAUAAACUACACAAUCAAAUAUUCUUAAGGACGAUAAGAUUUAUGUUUCUUAUGGUAUUACUCUCCAAUCUCAAUAAAAAUGGUGAAAUUAACAACAGAACUCAUUCAAAAUUCAAUGCAAUAUAUGAAUCCAUGCCGAGAUCGUGAGUUGGAUCUUAGAGGAUAUAAAAUUCCACAAAUAGAAAAUUUAGGAGCGACUUUGGAUCAGUUUGAUACAAUCGAUUUCUCCGAUAACGAUGUUCGAAAACUAGAUGGAUUUCCACUGCUAAAAAGAUUAAAAUGUUUAUUUUUUAAUAAUAACCGUAUUGUGAGAAUAGGUGAAAAUCUGGAACAAUAUCUUCCGAAUUUAGAGUCUUUAAUUUUAACAAAUAACAAUAUUGGUGAAUUAGGGGACUUGGAUCCUUUGGCAACACUACCCAAACUUAAAACUCUAUCACUAAUGCACAACCCCGUGGCAAAUAAACAGCACUACAGAGCCUAUGUAGCAUUUAAAUUUCCAGAGCUAAGAUUGCUAGAUUUCAGAAAAAUUAAGCAAAAAGAAAGGGAUGAGGCAAAUGCUUUGUUCAAGAGUAAAAAAGGCAAGGAAAUGCAAAAAGAGAUUUCAAGAAAAGCAAAAACAUUUGUACCUGGAGGAAAUAUGCCCGAUCCUAAAGUUACAAAUUUGAAUCCUCAAGAGAUCCACAAGAUCAGAGAGGCAAUCAAGAAUGCUUCAUCCUUGCAAGAGGUUGAGAGGCUAACAAGAAUGUUGCAGUCAGGUCAAAUUCCCGGACAGAAGCCAAUACAACCUGCAACACAAACCAAUGGAAAACAAAACGAGGAUGAAGAAAUGGAGACUGAACAAACGGGAAAUUGAUAAAAGCCUCUAUAAUGAAUUCUUUUUUAUAGCUCUAAGAACAGAUAUUACAUUAAGGUUUUUAACACUCGUGUUUCCAUUGAGGAUUUCAACUUGAAAACCUUAUUCAACUUUCUAGAAGUUUAGCUGUAAGAACAGAUAAUACACACUAAUAAAAUAUAAUUUUAGGUAUUAAGAUGUUAAGAACAGAUGGUUACAGAUCCAGUAUAUUUUGCUACAAAAGACAGAUACUGCAAUUUCAACUAAAAUAUUCAUGUAUCAUAUAAGAAAUUGUGAUACAAAAGUGUUGAAAAAAGAUUUCAACAAUUGCCGUUAAAAAAUUUGCUUAUGCUAAAUGUUGCACUAUUCAUUUUCUUUCAUUUUUCUCAAUACGAUUGAAAAUACUUCUUUAUUGAUUACUGAAUUUAGAACUGACAGAUACACAGUAAAACAAUAAGGUUGGAUUUCUUGGUAUCCUUAUAAAUACAUAUAACAAACAUAAAUAUACACCAAAUAAUAUUUAAAGAUUGGUGUGGAUUAUUUAAAGUGGAUUUGGAAGGGAUGCAUAGGAAUGGAAAUAUCCUCAUUCUAUAUAUCCCCUCCUCUGUCGAUAAAAA